GUGAAAACGUUUUGGCAUUGGAUCGACUACUUGGCGCAAGAAUCUGCCGCUGCUGGCAAGAGCCCAUGUUUCAUCAAUUUGGAUGAGACAAGCUUGCCACGCUUUAUGAAGAGACCUGCUGGUUUCAUUGCGCCGAGGCGAUUGUGGCUUGGAAAGCUUGCUCCACGUCGACCACUUCCAAAGGGCCAACGGAGAGGUGCUGUGACCCAUGUGGCCAUGAUUGCAAACUUAGAACGCGUUCAACCAAAGUUGCCACAAAUCUUCUUGUGCAACGAGCGUGUGGUCCCAGCUUGGGCCUUGAAAUCUUCAGACUUGUGCAAGCCCAACACUGUUGAGUUUUGGCGUGAAAAGUCUGGGUGGAACAACGUGGCCAAAAUGAAACGCAUUUUAGAGAAAAUUGCGGGCGCAAUGGUUGAGUUUGCAGACCUCCAGCCAAUUGUGCUUCUGGAUUGUGCACCUUGUCACAUACACCCAGAAGUUGCAGCUGUUGCAGAGGAAUUGGGGCUGUGGCUGGCGGUGACGCCAGCAAAGCUCACAUUUUUGUUGCAGCCCUUGGAUGUCUUUGCCUUUUCACCGUACAAAUCGUGCUUGGCCAAGUUGUUUGCUGCGCGCGAGAAGCCAGACGGUGAGCUGGGAGUUGCGGAGUGGAUGCAAUGCUUGUGUGACGCAGCGCGCAAAUUCUGGUGUUCCAGAAAAUGGCGCCCUGCUUUUGAACUCACUGGAAUUCUCUCGACGCGGCAGGCCCUGAGCCUGGAGCUCCAACAUUUGAACGUGUCCCGGCAUGCUGCUGCCCCGCUGUUGCCUCCAAGCCAAGAGAGCGUGGAAGCUAUUUUCCCGAAGGGUAAG